GUCUUCAGUAGCUUACCCACAGUGGCCGAGCGCCGGAAGAAGCACAUGGCCUGGAUCCACAAGAGCCAACCAGAGGACGACAAGCAGCCACGGGUGUUCUCACAGCUGAGCGCCGAAUGUGCGCGUGAUGCAGUGAGGCGAAAAGCCGUUGAAAACUUUGGGCCACCCCCACCAGCUUCCGAUACUCGUUGGGCUUUGAUUGUGAAACAUCCUUACUUCGAGCGCAUGUCCUUGAUGAUGAUCUACUUCAACGCUUUAUGGAUUGCGAUUGACAUUGAGUUCAAUAAGGCGGAGAUGGUCUUGAAAGCCACGGAGCCCUUCCUCAUCAUGGAGAUCUUGUUUACACUCUACUUCAGUGGUGAGCUCUUUGUGCGGUGGAUGUCCUACAAAAAGACCCGGCAGGAUUGUUUGCUGGUGACCAUGAUGCUCUUGGAGACCUGGCUCAUCCCUAUCACCGCGUUGCUCAUCGAGGGGGGCUCCUUGACCGGCGGCUCCUUAAGCCGCUCCGCCUCUGUGCUGCGCAUCGCGCGGAUUUUGCGCGUCUUCCGCACCGCGCGGAUCAUUCGAGUCGCCCGAUUGAUCGUUGCCGCCAGAUCCGUGUUCUUCACAUUGGUUCUGUUGCUGCUGAUCACCUAUGUCUUCAGCAUUGCGCUCGCACAGCUCAGUGUCGAAACGCAUCUCAAGGAGAAGUACUUCAACACCAUGCCAACGGCCGUGUUGAACCUGGUUGUGCAGUGUGUGAUGCCGGACCAAGAGGAGUUCUUCACAGAUGUUGCAGAUACCAGUUGGGUCAUGGGUACGCUUGUGCUGAUCUUCGUUCUCGUGGGCUCGCUGAUUGUCAUGAAUAUGUUGGUUGGGAUUCUUGUUGAAGCGGUGCAGACAGUCGCAACCAUGGAGCAUGAGCAGAUCCAUGUGGACUUCGCCAAACGAGUGCUUUGGGAUUUGAUCAAGGAACAAGGUGCCGAUGAGGAUGGAGACAACCGCAUCAGCGAGGAUGAAUUUGUCAGGCUUUUGGCCCGUCCAGAAGCUUCCAAAGCAUUGAGCCGGCUCGGGGUGGACGCGUAUGCCGUCAUGGAAACAGGGAAGCUGCUCUUCGAGGACGGAGAGCCUUUGACCUUCGGAGAAUUCAUGGACGCCAUCCUGACCCUCAGGGGAACCAAUCAAACCACCGUGAAGGACAUCGUGAACUUGCGCAAGUUCACCGCCGAUGAGUUCUCACAGCUUCACACGGUGCUGAUGGAUCUUUGCAAGUUCUUGGCAGGCGUACAACAGCAUGAAGACGGAGCAUCCCCAGAUCGACCUGUAGCAUCGUUGGGGAAGGUGAAAACAUGGGAACCUGCCACCAUGUUGCGACAGCGGAAAGUGGGGUGGGUGAGUGGAAAGUGGCAGUUCGGAACCGCCAGCCACAGCUUCCAGGGCCUUUGA